UUUGGGGUGGAACUCUCUUCCUGUGACUGCGUCACAAGAUUAGACACUCAGUCAAGAGGGGAACUCAUUGUCAUGAGACGCGUCAAAAUGCAGCUAAAAUGGACUGAAAUAUUCAUCUUUGUGUGCCUUUUUCAUGCUUGUUGCCCUGCACAGAAGACACAGAUUCUUAAAGAAAAAAAGGAAGAUACACUUCAUUGUUCACUGAAGAUGGAUCAGAGUAUUACAGUCAUAUGGUUUCGAACUACAGAAAAGAAUGGGGUGCAAUUCAUACUAUCUUGCAAAAAUGAGAAAGUUCUGAAGAAAAAUGAAAGUUUGUCUACAGCUUUGGAAGCACUGGGUUGCUACAGUUUGAAAAUUAAGUCCUUCAAUAAGGAAACAGACAGUGGCCGCUAUAACUGUGCUAGAUACAAUAGCAAUGCAUUGGAGUUUGGGGACACUACAGUUCUUGCAGGAGAACCAGACCCCACACAAGCACCGAAGGUUACACAGAAAGCUACGACAACCCCUUGUGCUACUGCAGCUCCUUCUACACCAUGUGUGUGCCCAAAUAAGAGAGGGGUGAAGAGAGACCCUGAGAAGAGUUGUGAGUUGAUGAUCUGGGCUCCACUGGCUGGAGGCUGCGGCCUGCUCUUGGUCCUCCUCAUCGCCGUGUCCCUCUACUGCAACAAAAUCCGCACUAGGCGAUGCCCCCAUCAUUACAAGAGACAACCCAGAACUGUAGGAGGAGUGCUGCAUCCUGGGAAAGGUCGUCUUGUUUAAUAGGUGGCAAACAAGGCUGUCACAGAAAGACUGGUUUGAUUCGGACCAAGACGUCCUGAUGUUUUUUCAUGCAGCUGCAGCGCCUGUCAAAUAUGACUUUGUUUCUGCUUUACCACACGCAUAGCAUGUUUGUCUCCUGUGAGAACCGUGUAUUUACAAGUUUGCAGACGUGCUGGAUCGCAUUUCCUUUAUAGACUUAUGCAUUUGCCUGUGCGUAAAAACCUUUUAUCAUGGCGUUACGCUUUCUCACCACAUUUUCAGCGCAUUUUAGGGGGUGUUACUAAGGUACAAUAUUUAGUGGGCCUGUACUGUAUUUCUCAGAUUCGAAUUGAAAAACAUAUGAAUUAGGCAUUAUGUUACCAAUGGUCUCAGGUAGCCAGGUAGUUUACUGGAUCGAGUCCAGCAUUUAUCUUAAAAUGGUCUAGUUCAGUCAAAGAGGAGACAAGGAGACAACGCAUAGCCAGAACUCUCAAUGUAACCAUUGUAUUACCAUAAAUAGUCGUCAAUGUAGGGUAGGCUAUAUAUUGUUUUGAAAUAAACAUUUUAUUUUACAACGA